CUUCUUGUUUACCUGGAGGAAGCAGGAGUCGCGAGCUCUCAGCCUGACAGGAGGAGAGCAGAGUAAAACUAACUCUACGUCAGGGAACGAAAGGGAGCAGACCUCGUUCCUUCAACUCAAUCCGGUUGUUGGAGUACUUUUUCGGUCAUUAGACAGCUUUCAGGCGGUUAUUUUUGAGUUUUUAAACGUGUUUUUCCUUCGGUGGGAGGAGCGCCGCCGUUAUGGACGCUGUUCAUGCGCUGCAAAGAAGGUCACGUGGGGUUCGUGUCUUGCAGCAGUGAGGGACUUCAGCCUCAUUAUUAACGCUUCAUCCUGCCUUUAGUGGCCAGUGGAGAAAAACUUCCAAAGGUGAAGGUGCACUGUCAAGAAGCAUCCGGGUCUUCUUGUCAUAUUGCCUGAGGAACCAAGAUGCCCACAAACUUUACAGUGGUGGCAGUGGAAGAUGAGGAAGGUGGCAGUGACAGUGCAGCUGCAGCAGGGGGCAGCAAACAAAUAAGUCUGCGUGAAAUUUUCAGUGGGAAAGAAGAUGAGGAGAACUCGCAAUUACAGAGUUCAGGCUGUUUAGGACCCGGAGGUCAAGAAUCGGGCGAAAGCAUCCAUAGAGAUUCCAGUUCAUUUAUUUCCUCAGAUGAGGAUGGACAUUACGAUGGCAAGAACAUGGCUUUGUUUGAGGAGGAAAUGGACAGUGCCCCAAUGGUAUCAUCGCUUCUCAAUAAGCUGGCAAACUACACAAACCUGACACAGGGUGUUCGAGAACAUGAGGAGGCCGAUAAUGAGGAUGGAGUCAGGAGGGUCACUGUCAUGAUCCCCCAGAUGGGAACAUUUAUUGGCGUCUAUCUGCCAUGCAUGCAGAACAUCCUGGGUGUGAUCCUAUUUUUGCGGCUCACCUGGAUUGUUGGGACAGCUGGAAUCCUGGGAUCUGUUGCCAUUGUCUCCAUGUGCUGCAUCUGUACCUUACUCACAGCCAUAUCAAUGAGUGCCAUAGCAACCAAUGGUGUUGUCCCAGCUGGAGGCUCCUACUACAUGAUCUCAAGGUCUUUAGGCCCAGAAUUUGGAGGAGCAGUGGGUCUCUGUUUCUAUCUUGGUACCACCUUCGCUGGAUCCGUGUAUAUACUGGGCACCAUAGAGAUUUUGCUGACAUAUAUUGUUCCAACAGCAGGACUUUUUGAAGCUGAAAGUAAAGAAGAAGAAGCUGCAGCAGUGCUCAACAACAUGCGUGUCUAUGGCACAUGUUGCCUGGUCCUGAUGGCCUUAGUCGUAUUUGUAGGAGUGAAGUAUGUGAAUAAACUCGCGUUGGUGUUUCUGGCUUGUGUUUUCCUCUCAAUCUUGGCCACUUAUGCCGGAGUUGUUAAGACACUCAUUGAACCACCUGACUAUCCUAUCUGUUUGUUGGGGAACCGUUCUUUGACAAGCAUCGCCUUUGACAAGUGCAUGAAGAAGGAAGUUAUAAGAAACGUCACUUUUACCACCAAGCUGUGGUCCCUCUACUGUGAUAGUGAACACCUCAACGCCAGCUGUGAUGAGUACUUCUUCAAAAACAAUGUGACAGAGAUACAGGGCAUACCUGGACUUCUGAGUGGAGUUAUAAAAGAUAAUCUGUGGGGUCACUAUGGUCCAGCCGGUAUGAUGAUAGAGAAGAAGGGUCAACUUUCUAUACCAGCCAAGAGAUCAUCCAAAGAUAUUCAUAAACCCUAUGUCUUUAAUGACAUUGCCACCUACUUCACGUUGCUGGUGGGAAUAUACUUUCCCUCUGUCACAGGUAUAAUGGCUGGUUCCAAUAGGUCUGGUGAUCUGCGAGAUGCCCAGAGGUCAAUCCCAAUAGGAACUAUAUUGGCCAUUGUCACCACCUCUUUCAUCUACAUUUCCUGUGCAGUCUUGUUUGGAGCCUGUAUUGAAGGAGUUGUGCUGAGAGACAAGUAUGGUGACUCGGUGAAAAAGAAUCUGGUAAUUGGUACUCUGGCCUGGCCAUCACCAUGGGUUAUUGUGAUUGGUUCAUUUUUCUCCUGCUGUGGUGCUGGCCUUCAGAGCCUCACAGGCGCCCCCCGUCUGUUGCAGGCCAUUGCUCAUGAUGGAAUUAUCCCUUUUUUACAUGUGUUUGGUCAUGGGAAGUCAAACGGAGAGCCAACCUGGGCAUUGUUGCUAACCGUUGGGAUCUGUGAGAUAGGAAUCCUCAUCGCGUCGCUGGAUGCUGUGGCCCCCAUCUUGUCCACGUUCUUCCUGAUGUGCUAUCUGUUUGUCAACCUGGCAUGUGCUGUUCAGACUUUGCUUCGGACUCCCAACUGGAGACCUCGCUUUAAGUUCUAUCACUGGACCCUGUCCUUCUUGGGGAUGAGUCUGUGUCUUUCACUCAUGUUUGUUUCCUCCUGGUACUAUGCUCUGUUUGCUGUGGUGAUAGCUGGCUGCAUCUACAAGUACAUUGAGUACAGAGGGGCGGUGAAAGAGUGGGGAGAUGGAAUCCAUGGAUUGUCCUUAAAUGCAGCACGUUACGCUCUUGUUCGGCUGGAGGAUGCACCACCACACACGAAAAACUGGAGGCCUCAGCUGUUGGUGAUGUGUAAGGUGGACUCUAACCUGACAGUGAAACACCCUCGUCUCCUGUCCUUCACCAAUCAACUCAAAGCUGGGAAAGGACUGACCAUCUUCUCUUCUGUUUUGGAGGGAACCUUCAUGACGAGAGGUGAUGAUGCCAAGGUAGCAGAGCAGAAUUUAAAAUCAGCCAUGGCUGAAGAGCGGACCAAGGGCUUCUCCCAUGUGGUGGUGACUUCCAACUUGCGAGAUGGUUUCUCUUUGCUCAUCCAGUCAGCAGGACUAGGAGGAAUGAAACACAAUGCUGUCCUCAUGGCUUGGCCAGUAGGAUGGAAACAAGCCUCUUCUGCACAGAAGAACUUCAUAGAGACUGUGAGAGAGACGACCGCAGCACACCUGGCUCUGCUGGUUGCUAAGAAUAUUGACCAUUUCCCCAGUAAUCAAGACGGGUUGAAAGGAGGAUCCAUUGACAUUUGGUGGAUCGUACAUGAUGGUGGCCUGCUCAUGCUCCUGCCAUUUUUACUCAGUCAACACAAGGUGUGGAGAAAGUGUAAAAUGCGUAUUUUUACUGUGGCCCAGAUGAACGACAACUCCAUCCAGAUGAAGAAAGAUUUGCAGGUGUUUCUUUACCAUCUGCGUCUGGAUGCAGAAGUGGAAGUUGUGGAGAUGCAUGACAGUGAUAUCUCAGCCUUCACCUACGAGAAGACGCUGGUGAUGGAACAGAGGUCACAAAUGAUCAAACAGAUGCAGCUGUCACGCACGGAGAAGCUGAGAGAGGCCCAGUUGAUCCAUGACCGCAAUACUGCUUCUCAUUCUGUAAUGAAUGAUAAAGCCACUCCCAGCCCACCAGAUCGCGUCCACAUGACCUGGACAAAAGAGAAAUGGAUCAAUGAGAGGACCAAAAAUAGAGAAAACAUGGGUGUUAAAGAUAUUUUUAACAUGAAACCUGAGUGGGAGAAUCUCAACCAGUCCAACGUGCGGCGGAUGCACACGGCUGUCAAGCUAAAUGACGUGGUGGUCAAAAACUCUCAGAAUUCACAGCUGGUUCUGCUCAACAUGCCAGGCCCACCAAAAAACAAGAAAGGGGAUGACAACUACAUGGAGUUCCUGGAGGUUCUUAUGGAUGGCCUAGACCGUGUGCUAUUGGUUCGUGGAGGAGGUCGGGAGGUCAUUACCAUCUAUUCUUAGCAACAAGGGAUUCCUAUGUGGCCAAAAAGACACUGUUGGGUAGACAUUGAGUAGCACCCAGAGGGCUGUUGGUUCAACAGAGGAGAAUGUAGUUUUGAGAUGGGACAGUUAUUGGACAGAUGACGUGCAUUAUCUCCUCUACGUGAUCCAAGUGUGUCUCUUAACUUUUUUGAGGACUGUGGCCAGCACCAACGCCGCCAAGAACACAAGAGUCUGGCAGCGGCAAGCCCAGAUGGUUUUCAACACACCCACCUCAUGGAGCUCCUGAAUAAUUCUGUCACACCUGACACUUUAGGUGAAUUUAACUUUAUUUUACAUAACCACCCACCUAUUUGAGUUCUAACUGCAGUUUGUUGGCAGUAAUAAUGCUUCAAGAUAAUUAUGGUAGACAUGAGUUAGUUACUUCCAACUUAUAAGUAUAAUGUUAAAACUGAGAAACAGGACUCCUCGUGACAAAAAGUAAAUAACAUUUUACAGCAUAUUGUGUGUUUUAUAUCAAAAACUCUUUUUUUUUUUUUUUUUUUUUUUUUUUUUGGUGGUGGUGGUGGUGGUGG